GGAGUCGUUUCAGGGAAAGGUUUUGCGUGGUGUGGGUUUGGAGGGGGGGGAGGAGACCAGUCCUGGAAGCAGCUCCUUUGUUUGAAAGGCAUCUUCCAAUUGAACCAUUGUCCUUCAAGGACAGCUGGCACCCUGACCUCAUCUGCAUUGGACCAAUCUCAACAGCAAAGGAUACAGUGGGCAAAAACAACACCAGGCAAAGCAGGAUUGCUACAUCUCCUACAAGGAAAGGGAGAAUCUCUUAGAUAUCAGCAGAAAGUGAAAAGAAGGCCCAAAGCAUCAGCGUUUGGUUCAACUCAUGGAUAAGAAAAGCAAACUGGUAAUAUCCUUGUUCACUUUUGCUGUUGGGGUAAACGUGUGCAUUGGAUUCACAGCUAAUAGAUUUCGAAGAUCUGGUGCAGGAGAAGAGAGUCCAUUUCCAGUCUUAUCUGAUUCCCCUUGGAUCAGUACUUCUGGAUCCUGCAAAAACAGAUGCUUUGAACUUCAAGAGGUAGAGCCUCCAGGUUGCCGAUGUGACAACUUGUGCAAGAGCUACACCAGUUGUUGUGCUGACUUUGAUGAACUAUGUUUAAAGACAGUUGGAGGCUGGGAAUGUACAAAAGAGCGUUGUGGAGAGACAAGGAAUGAAGAUAAUGCUUGCCACUGUUCUGAAGACUGUUUGUCGAGAGGAGACUGCUGUACUAACUACCAAGUUGUUUGCAAAGGAGAGACUCACUGGGUUAUGGAUGAAUGUGAGGAAAUACGGACUCCAGAAUGCCCAGCAGGUUUUGUUCGCCCUCCAUUGAUAAUAUUUUCUGUUGAUGGCUUCCGUGCAUCAUACAUGAAAAAAGGUGACAAAGUAAUGCGCAACAUUGAGAAACUGAGAUCCUGUGGAACACAUGCUCCAUAUAUGAGGCCUGUCUAUCCUACAAAAACCUUCCCUAACUUGUAUACUCUGGCAACAGGUCUCUAUCCUGAAUCUCAUGGAAUUAUUGGCAAUUCAAUGUACGAUCCUGUAUUUGAUGCUGCGUUCAACCUUCGAGGCCGAGAAAAAUUCAAUCACAGGUGGUGGGGAGGUCAACCAAUAUGGAUUACUGCUGCCAAGCAAGGAGUGAAAGCUGGUACAUUCUUUUGGUCUAAUAUGAUCCCUCACGAGCGCAGAAUAUUAACAAUACUGCAAUGGCUAACCCUGCCAGACAACGAAAGACCUUACACUUAUGCAUUCUACUCUGAACAACCAGAUAUUGCUGGCCACAGAUACGGUCCCUUUGGCCCUGAGAUGGUUCAUUCCCUAAGAGAGAUUGACAAGAUCCUGGGACAACUAAUGGAUGGGCUGAAGCAGUUGAACUUGCACCGAUGUGUCAACAUUAUCUUCGUUGGUGAUCAUGGGAUGGAAGAUGCUACCUGUAACAGAACUGAAUAUUUGAACUCCUAUCUGUCUAAUGUGGAUGACAUAAUUUUGAUACCAGGGACAUUGGGACGCAUUCGUGCCAAAGCUAACAGCAACAUCAGAUAUGAUCCCAAAGCCAUUGUUGCUAAUCUCACAUGCAGGAGGCCUGACCAGCACUUUAAACCCUAUUUGAAGCAAUAUCUUCCUAAGCGUUUGCACUAUGCAAAUAACCGAAGGAUUGAGGAUGUCCAUUUGUUGGUGGAAAGAAGAUGGCAUGUGGCCAAGAGACCUGGAGAGGUGUUUAAGAAAACAACUGGAAAAUGCUUUUUCAAUGGAGAUCACGGAUAUGACAACAAGUUCAAUAGCAUGCAGACAGUCUUUGUAGGCUACGGACCUUCAUUUAAAUACAGGACAAAAGUACCUCCAUUCGAGAAUAUAGAACUUUACAAUGUCAUGUGUGAUCUUCUUGGAUUAAAGCCUGCUCCUAAUAAUGGGACCCAUGGGAGCUUAAACCACCUCCUGCGGAGCAGCACGUAUAAGCCAAUCAUACCAGAUGAAGUUGCUAGGCCGCUCUACCCUGUAGCUACAACACCUUCAUCUGUCUAUGACCUGGGAUGCAUGUGUGAUGAUAAGAACAAGUUGGAUGAACUCAAUCGGCGUCUUUAUGUCAAAGGAACAGAAGAUAACAAGCACCUUCUUUAUGGCCGCCCAGCUGUUCUUUAUCGUACAAAAUACAGUAUUCUGCAUCACCACGACUUUGAAAGUGGCUACAGUGAAACAUUCCUGAUGCCUCUCUGGACGUCUUACACUAUUUCAAAACAGGCAGAGGUCCCAGGAGCCCUGGAACAGUUGGUCAACUGUAUAAGGCCUGACCUGCGCAUUUCUCCAAUCAAUAGUCAGACCUGUAUGGCCUACAGAGUGGACAGACAAAUGUCUUAUGGAUUCCUUUUCCCUCCCCAACUCAGUUCCUCAGCAGAUGCAAGAUAUGAUGCUUUUCUAAUAACAAAUGUAAUUCCAAUGUAUCCUUCCUUCAAAAAGGUGUGGAAUUACUUUCAACGGGUUAUGGUGAAGAGAUAUGCCAUUGAGCGGAAUGGAGUCAAUGUUAUAAGUGGACCAAUCUUUGAUUAUGACUUUGAUGGUUUGCACGACACACCAGAAAAAAUAAAACUGUUUGUGGAAGGAAGUUCAAUCCCAGUUCCAACCCACUACUACAGUAUCAUAACCAGUUGUUUAGAUUUCACUCAGCCUGCUGACAAGUGCGAUGGACCACUCUCUGUUCUGUCGUAUAUAUUUCCACACCGUCCUGACAAUGAUGAGAGCUGCUUUUUUCAGAACUCCUCUGAGGACGAAUCCCGGUGGGUUGAAGAUCUCUUGAAAAUGCACACUGCCCGAGUACGUGAUAUUGAGCAGCUUACCAGCUUGGAUUUCUUCCGGAAGACCAGCCGAAGCUACACAGAAAUCCUCGCUUUAAAGACAUAUCUGCAUACAUUUGAAAGUGAUAUUUAACCUUCCUGUUUAAACUCAGCCCAUCCAUCCUCUCAUGAAGUGGUGUAUAUUUUUAUAUUAUAUUUAUUAAUUUGAAACAGGACAUUAAAAUUAUUAGUGUUUUUUAAUCUUGCAUCAAAUCUUAAAUAUAUUAAAGUCUUAUGUCAGUUUAUUUUUUGAUUCUUUCAUGUAGGGCGUAUGUUUUUGGUCUUUUUCUUUUUUCCAAGUAGAGCUUUUGGAGUGCUACUGACACACAAAGCCUCUUGCUCAGAGCUUUUUAAAAUGGCGCUGCAGAAUUGAUUGAUUGCUUGGAGGAAACUUUUUAAUUUUACCAGCACUCCCUUGCCUUGUGUGUUUUUUUUAAGUCCUGUACUGUGUAUCAAACAUGUAAAAUGGCAAUUACUGUUAACUAUGUGAUAGACAUAUUUAAGCUCCAUAGAGAAUAGAAACCUAAAUAUAAUAAAACCACACAUUCAGUUUUUUA